ACUACUGAAUGGCGAUUCGUUAUUGAUUUGUUAAUAGUAAUAUUCCGGAAGGACUAUGCAUUAUGCAUAUUAUGUUAACGUACGUUAAGUAAACAACUUUAGCUCCCUUGUAGGGAAGAGCGCCCGAACAUAGAAAGUGAAGGUUGCUCUAUAGCUAAAUCACUAUUUGAAAUGUUCGAACAAACUCUACCUAGCUCUCAGUUUCUUUCACGCUGUUUGGCGGGUCGGUCAGUGUCACAAGUCAGUUUGGGUGAUUGCGGGUCUAAUAGGUCACACUUUCUCGUGUAAAGCACAUGUUUGAUAUUUGCUGGUUUCCUAGUUUUUCUUGUUAUUGCAACCAGCACUUGCGGUGCUGUGAUCACGGUGAUCAUUGUAUCGAUCAACUGCCGCAGUGAUCACUGCAGUGCCAUAUAACUGUGUGACGUUUUCAUUUGUGGAUUAAUAAAUUAGCAAUGGGUUUAAGCAAAGGUACGUUUUUCAGCCUCGUCUCACUUAUCUUGGUGCUGCAGGGGUUUGUUAUCACAGCGACAUUUCAGUUGCAAUCUACCUCGCCGAAUUCGUCGCUAUCAACCCUGUCAUUGCCACUUACGGCCCCUUCAGUCGUUGAGUCGAAAAACCAAUUUUUAAUGCGAAAAUGCUGUGGUCCGGGACAAUUAUACAAUUAUAAUUUGGCGGAAGAUAUUUCCCAUGCUGAUCGGUGCGUCAAGUUUUCUGUCAGCAGCAGCCAUCGGCAAUCACCAGCAGUUCAAAAAUCACGCGACAUUUUCUUGGGAUCCAAACAAAGUUUUCCACCACGUUACAGCGUUGAAGAUGUCCAAUUCGAUGCAGGAUUCCCACGCAGUUGCACGCCGGAUGGUUGGGAUCGUUUAGAACCUGAGCUCAGAAUGGGCGAUCUCUUCUACGCCCUUUCAUCUGGACAGUUGUUAGUUCCUCAUCAGUUUUACUUCUUGGAAUUCGACAGCUAUUGCAUCGAAGACUUUGCAAGAGAAAGGGAUUUCAAGAUGGCAAGAAGAGUGGCUUUCAUAUGUACUUCGCAAAUCCAACAAUUUCCUAAAACUGCUAUUGAUAACUCGGUAAAAUUGAGACUGGAUUUCAUCAAAUCUGAAGAAGAUACGGAACUGUUCGCAUCAAAAUUCACCGGAAGAAAAGUAAUCCGGAAAUGCUGCGGUCAUAAUGAAUCGUUCGACAGUCUUUCUAAAAAUGAAGGCAAGCCAAGGUGCAGGGAUAAUCUAGGUUUUGCGACGCGCUUCUUUGAAAAUCUCCAAUUGGAAGAAAAGCCAAAUGAUUUAUUCUACCGUUUCGGCUACGCCAAUUGCUCCAACCCAGCUCGUACCACGGAAUUCCAAUUGAACUCCGACAGUAGUUUGGAAAUCAAGGUGGAUAACACAAUCGCCAACUCAAGCAAUCUACUAGUCUCUAUAGAAGAUUACUGUGUGGACGACAUGGUGGAGUUUGAUUACUACGAUAAUUUACCUGUUAUUGCAACCUACGCCUUUUACUGUUGCAAUGAAGAACCAUGUUUUAUUGAACCAGAAUUGACUGAUGGAUUUGAAUUGACUGAAUCGCCAAGCACCGAUACGGCGUUCACUGAUUCGUCAUUCACUGAACCAACAGCACUUACUGAAACAACCAUGAGUGAACCCGACUCUACUUAUUCGAACAACGACGAUCAAUAUGAUAAUUCGACUUUAAUCACCAUUCCCAAAUGUUGUCCACCUGGGCACGUCAUGAAUGAGGAUUUCAUCUGUCAGCCUCUAUGGUGGUGGUCCAACCAGGAAGAAUGGGACCUACCUAGUAACCCAGAAAAGAUUGUAUCGAAUUCCAUUAAGUAUGAUUUUAAGACCUAUCACAACAUUUCGAAUAUGAUGUUCUUCCCGAACAAAACAUUGAGUUUUUGUCAAUCCAAUCAACUUCCUCAAGCUACUUCCUUAUUUGCCGAAAAUUCGAAAGUCAUUCCGAUAUUUCAAAAUGAUUUAAAAAAUGGACUUUCAGUUUCAAUCCACUUGUCCAUUGAAAAUUACUGGGACGUGAAGUCUAAAAUUAAUUCGUUUUGUGUGGACCAGUUGCUUUUCAGAGAGGAACGGGAAGUUUAUUAUAACGCCCAAGUUUUCCAUUGCUUUACCUCUGAAUCUCCUAAAAUUUUUCUUCCAUCAGUCCUAUUGAUUUCUACUGUGGGUCUAUUGAUGACUUUUGUUAUUUACUUUUUCGUUCCAGCUUCAGGUUCCGCCAAAUUGGUUAUAACUGCUUUUGGAGGAAAGAGAAAUAGAGCCAAUGGAAUGAAUACCAUGGCCAUGAUGUUAACCGGGCGUAUUUUACUUUGUCACGUCAUAUCAUUGGCAUUGGCGUUUAUUUGCUUGGUGAUUGGGCAUCUACAGCUCGUCGAAUCAGGGGAAAGCUCCUGUGUCGCCAUUGGCUACAUUACUUACUGGGCAUAUAUCGCCUCAUUUUCGUGGCUGACAGUUUACUGUUUUGAUUAUUACUACAUCUUUAGCGGAUCUUUUAAGGUCACCAACGAUAGGUUAUUCAUCCCGUAUUCAGCAUUUGGUUGGGGUGUUCCUAUCUUGGCAACGAUCACCACAAUCAUCGCACAAUUUUGUUCCAAGGCGAUGGGUUUAUCUAACACUGUCAAUCCCAACAUUGGUUACGAUCGUUGUUGGUUUGCAGGCGAUAGUUUGUCAGGGCUAGUAAUUUUCUAUUACGUUCCUGUUGGCAUUCUCCUAUUACUUGACAUCUAUUUCUUCUUCAGUUUAAUUUUCAAUUCUAACCUGAUGUAUUGCUGGCAAAGGCCAGAGAUGGAAAUUCGUUCUAACCGAAGAAUUUCUACAGCCUCCAAAGAGCAUGAAGAUUUGAAAAUGGCGGUAAAACUUUUUUUCAUCACUGGAAUUCCUUGGAUAUUUGAAUUUAUCUCGCAUCUGGCUUCAAGAUUGGACGGUGCAAACUUAGGGCUAUAUUAUUUCUUAGUGUGCUGCCAACUGCUCAACACAUCGCGCGGCGUCUUCAUUUUCGUCAAUUUUAUCCUUUUGAAUCGAGACGUUCGAAAAUUCUUGUGGUCCCAUAUCAAAAUCCUUUUCAAACGAGAGCCUCGAAUGCCUGUCGAUUUCAACGCUAUUAAUCACGCAGAUACCGAUCAAUCCACGUCCAAUCUAACCACACAGUCAACCCCCGCCACUUGUUCGGAAACAAUAUCAAACAUUGAGAGUUUCGAAUAUGACGAGUACACCUAUUUAUGAACACGAAAUAGGAAACGAUACUUUGCAACAUGCCUAAAAAAACACGCCUACAACUACCUGUUAAAACCCUUUGGGUAUUCUUUUGGGGAUUUUGUCUAAUGGUUUAGGGUCAAAAGUAAUUUUAUUCGGUACUCGUCUUUGGAUCGUUAGUCAAUAGAAAUUUGAAAUCGAACUGUUAAGUCACAGUGAAACGGAGAUCUUUCUAAUUAAUAAACAUGGUUUUCCUUAA